UCCUCGCUCGCCUCUCCCUUCUCUCUCGCCGCCAUCGCGAUAGCCGCCUGCCACAGCCGCUAACGGUUCUGCGCGCGUCUCUUUGUCAGAGCCCCUUUUUGAUUACUCUAAAAUGGCAUCGGAUGAAGGAAAGCUCUUCAUUGGAGGGCUCAGUUUUGACACCAAUGAGCAGAAUCUGGAGCAGUUGUUCUCCCCCUAUGGAGACAUUGCAGAAGUGGUCGUCGUGAAAGACAGGGAAACCCAGAGGUCCAGGGGCUUUGGCUUCAUAACCUAUUGCCGUCCUGAGGAUGCCAAGGAUGCCAUGAGGGCCAUGAAUGGAGAGUCUGUGGAUGGCCGUCAGAUCAGGGUUGACCAGGCUGGAAAAUCCUCCCGUGGCUCUUCUGGAGGUAGAGGCCGUGGACGUGGAUUCUCUAGAGGAGGUGGAGGAUAUGGAGGUGGCCGUUAUGACAACAGGAGCGGUGGCUAUGGUGGAUCAAGAGACUACUACGGCAGCAGGAAUCAGGGAGGCUACGGAGACCGUUACUCUGGGGGCUCCUACAGAGACAACUACGAUAACUAGCUUGCACCGAGCAUAAAUCCUUCCUGAAUCAAGAUCGUCCUUCCAAUGGCCGUAUUUAUAAAGAUUUUUGGAGCUUCGCUGAAUCUUGUUUAGUUCUCUACCUGUAUUUCCCCUCCUCCCCCUUUUGUAGUCUAUCACAUGCAGCCCAACAGCUUCUACUACAAGAUGGCCUGUUAGAGCUUUCUGGAGGAAAAACAUUUUAAUUUGCCUUUUUUUUCUACAGGUGUGUUUAAGCAUUUUUUUAAUACAUAACUUUUAUUAUUUUUUCCCCCUCCACUUCCCCAGAUGUCUUUUAACAAGCCAAGAUUGGGGCUCCAACCUACGUUUUGCCUAUAAUUCCCCAGAGUCUGAGCAAGGUGUAAAAGAUCCUCCUUGUUUUUAUAAAUGCAUUAAAACCUUGUAGUUUUGUAAAAGUCCUAUGGUGUAGCGAGGAAGGGGUAUGGUGGAAGGCAAACCCCCUUGAUUGUAAAGGGAGACUCGUGUGUUUGAUCUUCAGAAAUCAGAAUUUAUACUGUAUGAUGUACCUAGAACUGAAGCUUGCAGAACUUGCAAGUCGUUCUUGAAAAAAACCGUUUGUUUAUAUUUUUUUUUAACUGGAAGACACACAUGUAACUCAAUAUUGUACUAAAAGUGGUUAAGGAAUUCCUGUAUUCAGUUCUUUGGCUUCACGAAGCCUAUUAAAUACCCUUCUGAAAAUGAAUUCUGUUCUUGACGUUUUAACACUUCGACAUCUUGGUUUCAUGGUACAACAUAAGGCUACAAAAUGUCUGAUAAAUGAUUAACGUGAAUCUCUUUGAUAGUAGGCACUUCAGGAGUUCUAGUGCCAUGGUUUAGUUUACUUCAAUCCCUUGUAAUUUGAGGGAAUCGUUUCCACACAGACUUGUUCACUGUAUGCAUUGCAGAAGAUCUGGAGCAUGCAUAGUCUAAGGUGCGCAGUGUUCACACAGGACACAAACUGGGCCUGUUUGUCAUCCUUGGGAAAUGAAUACAUCUUGGGAUAUCAUUCGUCUCCCAAGCUUAUGCUUUGCAAAAAAAAGUGUUAUUAAGAGUGAGCAAGCUCUUGUACUGGGAUGCUUGUCCAUAAUUUGUUUGCCUUAAGGAAAGAGUAAAACGUGUAAAGUCAUGCUUGAAAGUGUACAUGUGCUGUACUGAGUGAAAAGACAAAUCGGAAGAGGUGGCUGAUGCAGCACAAGGUGGACUGUGUUUCCCUCUUGCUGUCUGUGGGGAGAGGAUGUAAAUCCUUUUCUUCCCAUACAAUUUUUCAAGCCCAGAUGCCCUUGCUCUACUUGCAGUUAGUUCCAGAGCAAAGGGGGGCAAAAGUACAUCCUUGGAUAACUUGUGCAGGUUGUUUUUUUUUUACUGCAGGAUUAAUAGCGACACGAGAGGGUGGGGGUGAAUUAGAUCCAAAAAUGGGGCGGGAGGAGCUCCUCGGUGCUCCUGUUCCCUUUGGUGAGCCCCCGCGGGUGUUUUACAAUGGGGGGCCGAAGGCUUUUGGAGAUCUAAUGGCCAGUUUUCCACCAUUUGGGGGCAGGAUCUCGGAAGCAGGCAGAGGUCCUUGCCCGCCACAAUAACUCGAACCCGGAUUAAAUUAUGCAGAGCAGGAGGCACAGAGCAACAAACCAUACAGCACCCAAAUCUAGGCAGUUCUAACCAUUUUACUGGUUGCUGAGUUCAGCUUUUCUUGGCACUGGGUUCUUUUUUUUUUUAGGGGAGUGAGUACACAGCCCCGUGGUGUGGCUCUUGCAGUUAUAGCCAACCUGCUCCUGCCUCAUGUACAGUAAGGCUUAUUUUGUGUCAAAAGGGAACUCUUGUGUGAACGGGGACAAAACUGUGGGUGUAGAAAGGAUUCCUGCGGUUGGCUCCUGGCAUCCUGUUCUUGCCUGCUGGAAAGACCUUUCUGAAGAGGGCCGAGUUGGCUGGCCUUGGCGCUGCCUCAGGUGGAAGAAGAGCUUCGGAUCCUGGAAGUGAAUUUACCGCAAGGCUGGAGCUGAGAAUGGACUUUGCCUUCAGAUACCUCCCUGGAGCUUCUGGCUUGUGCGUAUAUUUGGUCAUUCUCAAACUGGCGUUUCUGGGCAAGCAGUCCAGUUUAAUUCAAGCGAGGAUCAACGGGGACUUGGGAAAGUGCUCGUUUAGUAGCACUAGCGUGCCCAAGCAACAGCAAAAAACUAAUCCUGUCUAGGUAAGAUUACCAUGGGCCUGGUCUCCAGUAUAUGCAGGUAACUCUUAAAAUUACACCAUGAAGCUAUACUGAAAGCGUCUGCCCCGGCAUGCUAAACUUGCCUCUGGAUUACCCGGUUCACUGAUGGCAAACGUCUAUGGGUGGUGGAGCCACCUCCUGGCAGGCGAUAUUAUUUCCCCUUAUCCAAUCCAUCCUCAGCUGUGCUCUGAACUCUAAAAAGAACACCUUUACAUGACGCUGGAGAUGUAAAGAACAAACGCUCGGCUAGUGUGGUGUGAUGGAUAGAGUGUUGAGCUAGGAUCUUGGAGAGCAGGGUUCAAAUCCCCACCUUGCUUGGGCCAGUCACACACUUUGAGCCUCACCCACCUCACAGGGAUGUUGUGAAGAUAAAAUGGAGGAGACCAGAACAAUGUAAGCUGCUUUGGGUCUUCAUUGGGGAGAAAGAUGGGAUAUAAAUACAGUAAGUAUAACUAAAGCCAGGGCAAGAAAGAUGAGGGAGGGGUGGAGUUCACUGCGUUGCAACCGCUGAAAAAAGCCCCAUCUGACUGCCACCUUUGGAAGACAGGAAGAGGAUCUUUUUCGUUCCGCUGGCCUAAAGUAAGUAAAAGGUUGCAGCAAAGAUCUGAGAACAUUUCUCAAACCUGUGGGGAAGGAUUAAGCAGCAAGCCUUCCUGCUCGUACGCGAGGGGCUAGGGGGCGCAGCCGCUAAAGCACUUCAUUCAGCUCCCCACCACCAGCUUUUUUAUUCUUUCUGGAGCUCAAAGGGCUCCAGAACCCUUUAUAUAUUUGUGUUUUACGUAGGGAAUCUCCAGUGUCAAGUAGGGCUGGUAUUUCAGUAAACACCUAGCAAAAGUCUCAGUACAGCUAGAAACGGAGCAAAACAAGUCUCUCGUUCAUAAAACGCUUCCCAGGCAAGAAGCUGAUGGCACAAACAGGCAGAAAAGAUCAACCCCUCAAAAGCCUGGGUGAAAGACGCUUUAGUCUGGAGCCAAAAAUGUAGUAGGGGUGAUCCUCAAGGGGAAGGACAUUCUGCGGGUGAAAACCCCCACCUCUGGUUGCCACCUGCCUCACCUGGUGAGCAAAAGCAGAAGCCGUUUUUCUGGCUAGCUUGAAAUACAAAGCCGCUUUUGCCCGGCCUUGAGUGUAACUGCGCAGAGAAAUGCUUGGUGACCAGAAGCAAUAAACAGCCACCAGCUGAAGCCAGCUAGAUAACAUGGGAAAGUUUCACUUAGAGCGAAGAAAAGAGGUCUCUCUUGGUCUCAGCAAGAAGGUGGGCUUUGUCUCAGAACAGAACAAGGGGUGUAAAGAGACCCCACCAUUUUAGGGUGGGCUCAGAGUGUUUUUACUGGCUUGAAACUUUGUACCCCUUUAUUCCUGGAAUAAAACCUUUUCAAAAGUU